AUGGCCCCGGCCGUCUGGUCGCGCCUCGGCCGCAUCCUCUGGCUCGCCUGCCUCCUGCCCUUAGCCCCGGCUAGGGUGGCCGCAGGCCUGUAUGGACUCAAUCUCACCACUGAUGGCCCUGCCACCAUGGGAGCAGAGGUGACCAUCUCAGCUAGCCUGGUGGCCAAGGACAACGGCAGCUUGGCCCUGCCCGCUGAUGCCCACAUGUACCGCUUCCACUGGAUCCACACCCCGCUGGUACUCACCGGCAAGAUGGAAAAGGAUCUCAGCUCAACCAUUCAUGUGGUCGGCAAUGUGCCUGGGGACUUCCCCGUCUCUGUCUGGGUCACUACUGCUGACUGCUGGAUGUGCCAGCCAGUGGCUAGGAGCUUCGUUGUCCUCCCCAUCACAGAGUCCCUUGUAGGGAACCUCAUUGUUACCCAGAACACCUCGCUGCCCUGGCCCAGCUCCUUCCUCACCAAGACAGUCCUUAAAGUCUCCUUCCUCCUCCAUGACCCAAGUGACUUCUUCAAGACUGCCUCCUUUCUCUACAGCUGGGACUUCGGAGAUGGGACCCAGAUGGUGACCGAAGACUCUGUGGUCUAUUAUAACUAUUCAAUUAUUGGAACCUUCACUGUGAAGCUCAAAGUGGUGGCAGAGUGGGAGCAGACAAAGCCGGAUGCUGCCAAGGGCGUCGUGCAGAAGAUGGGCGACUUCUCGGCCUCACUGAAGCUGCAGGAAACCCUUCGAGGCAUUCAAGUCUUGGGGCCCACCCUAAUUCAAACUUUCCAAAAGAUGACAGUGACCUUGAACUUCCUGGGGAGCCCCCCUCUGAGUGUGUGCUGGCGUCUCAAGCCCGAGUGUCUCCCACUGGAGGAGGGGGAAUGCCAGCCGGUGUCCGUGGCCAGCACAGCCUACAACCUGACCCACACCUUCCGGGAUCCUGGGGACUACUGCUUCAGCAUCCGGGCCGAGAAUGUCAUCAGCAAGACGCAUCAGUAUCACAGGAUCCAGGUGUGGCCCUCCAGCAUCCAACCUGCUGUCUUUGCCUUCCCGUGCGCCACGCUUAUCACUGUGAUGCUGGCCUUUAUCAUGUACAUGACUCUGCGGAAUGCCACUCAGCAAAAGGACAUGGUGGAGGUGGCUGAUUUUGACUUUUCCCCCAUGUCUGACAAGAACCCGGAGCCACCCUCUGGUGUCAGGUGCUGCUGCCAGAUGUGCUGUGGGCCUUUCUUGCUGGAGACUCCAUCUGAGUACCUGGAAAUUGUCCGUGAGAACCACGGGCUGCUCCCGCCCCUCUACAAGUCUGUCAAAACUUAUACAGUGUGA